CAGUCCCUGUCCCUAGUGUUAAAGCCCCCACCCCCCUCCGAGCCCCGCGAACUCGUGAGAUCAUGUCGAACAUGGAGAAACACUUAUUUAGCUUGAAGUUUGCUGCAAAAGAACUUAAUAGGAAUGCCAAGAAAUGUGAUAAAGAAGAAAAAGCUGAAAAGGCCAAGAUAAAAAAGGCCAUUCAGAAAGGCAAUACAGAAGUUGCAAGAAUUCAUGCUGAAAAUGCAAUCCGUCAGAAAAACCAGGCAAUCAAUUUCUUGAGAAUGAGUGCUAGGGUUGAUGCUGUGGCAGCCAGAGUUCAAACUGCAGUAACAAUGGGCAAGGUGACAAAAUCCAUGGCAGGUGUAGUUAAAUCUAUGGAUGCUACAUUGAGGAGUAUGAACCUUGAAAAGAUUUCUGCCUUAAUGGACAAAUUCGAACAUCAAUUUGAAACAUUGGAUGUUCAAACACAACAAAUGGAAGAUACAAUGAGUAGCACUACAACCCUAACAACACCACAGAACCAAGUGGAUAUGCUGCUUCAGGAAAUGGCAGAUGAAGCUGGCCUUGAUCUCAAUAUGGAGCUCCCACAGGGGCAGACAGGCUCUGUUGGUGCAAGUGUUGCUUCUACGGAGCAGGAUGAACUGUCACAGAGGCUUGCUCGUCUUCGUGAUCAAGUGUAACUUAAAUAACUGGUGCUUCUGUUUCCUCCACGUGUGUCUGAAACAGCCUCUGUGUUUGUAU